AAAUCCUGACAUCAAUAUCUUCCAUCUUUGUAUCAGGGGACUUCUGCAAGUCAAACCCUUGUGGAACAAGUAUGCCUAAAUGUGUUGCUUUAAAUACCACUUUCACCUGCCUGUGCCAAUAUGGAUUCUACUAUAGCAACAAGGAUUGUUACAAAGGGCAAAUAUUCCCCGGGGUCAUUACACUGAAACAAUUUUACAAUGAUAGUCUUCAAAUGGUAAAUUCUGCACAGUAUGAACUGUUGUUCCAACAUUUAACAAUAUUUUUUAAGAAAGUCUUCAUCGAUAUGGGCUUUCAACAGACUGUCAUUGUGAAAAUUCAACCUCAAAAAGAAGGCAGAGCUUCUCUUCUAGAAGGCAAAGAUUCUCUUCUAACAAGUGUAACAGUGACAAACCUGUUUGUAGAGAACCCACCUGUCGACAAUGAGACAGUUAUUGAUGCAAUACGUAAUGCAGCAGAAAAUUCAUCCUUUGUCUCUGAGUACAGAGCUGCAACCUAUUGUGAUGCUUUUAAUUGUGAUGCUCAAACCACAUACUGCGAAGAAAGUAUGUUUCCAAAUUGCAUAUGCAAAAGUAAUUUCUCAAAGACAGAAUGGGAUGAUCGUUCCUGUUCAGAUUGCAGUGAAAAUUGUUCUGCAGAAGAAAACAAGUACUGUGCAAAAGAAAAAGGGAUUCCAACAUGCAAAUGCUUGCCUAACUUUGAAGAGAAGGAGGAAAAAUGUGUAUCUUGUCCAGUGGGCUACUCUGGGGAGAAGUGCAGCAACAAUAGUGAACUCAUCCUUAUAAUAGUGGGUACAGUGCUUGGAGCCAUUAUCCUGAUUUUAGUGAUAGCAGUCUCUGUUGUUUCAGUAAGAGCCAAACACAAACAAGAUCCAGAGAAGAAGAGCCUGAUAAAGUCAGGAUAUUCCAAUCCAAAUGCUGAUGAUGAUAGACAGACCACGAUGUUCCCCAGAGUCCAGACCACUUCUGGCCAUGCGAACCCAGGGUAUCAGCCAAACAACCCAUAUGAAGUGCCUUCUGCAAACAGAAGUCAUUUUCCAGAGAGGGAUUAUGAUGAUUUGUAUGAAAUAUCCCGGGAGCCUGAGGGCUUUAGGAUGCAGCGCAGAUACUAA